AAAAAUUAAAAUAAUACUUUAUUAUAACAUUCAUCAAACCAACAACAUUACUUUAUCUCUCUCCAACGUACGUACGAGGAUCAAAUCUCUGUCCCUCUCUGUAUCUAAAGAUCGGUGUUCGCCGCUUAUUCUCCCCUGAAACUGCCUGUCUUCUCUCCUGGGUGCGUGGAGAUUACGGGAACUUAAUGUGCUUAUAUAUCUUGGUGGGGGAAUGGAAUGGGUUUUUUAACUAGUGGAAUAAUCUGGUCAUCCAGGUCGGUGGAGUAACUUGAUUAUUUGGAGGAUGUAUGCAGUAGGGAGGUUAGGAAGCUAUUUUUCACGGGGUGUGUACACGAUUUCUGCACCGUUUCAUCCGUUUGGUGGUGCUGUUGAUAUAGUUGUGGUUGAGCAACAAGAUGGUACCUUAAAAUCAUCGCCUUGGUAUGUUCGUUUUGGAAAGUUUCAAGGGGUUUUAAAGGCAAAGGAGAAGGCUAUCAUCAUUAAUGUUAAUGGUGACGAUGCAUAUUUCCAUAUGUACUUGGAUCAUACAGGGGAAGCCUAUUUUCUCAUGGAGGUGGAUACUGAAGAUGGUGAUUUGAUAUUAUCAUGUACAUCUUCGGGUGACGAGAUGGAGGAGGUGGAAAGGAGACCAAUGAAGUGCAAGAGUUGGAAUGAAGGUAUCGAUUCACCUAAAACUGUUACAGAGCUUCAAGUAAGCAAUGGCACAGUCGUUCCUACGCCUGGCCCACACAAUUCUCGAGUCUUGGGGAUUUUCGGAAAGAACCCCACAAAAGAAAAUAAAUCUGAGGUGGAGAGUGCUGAGAUUGCCGCAGAUCUUCUGGAGGUAAAUUGGUCUACAAAUCUUGCCUCUGUAAGGAAAGACAAAGACAAUAAGUUAAGAUCUGCUCCAGAUAUUCUAAACAGUGUAUCUAGUACGGAUUUUCUGGUUGAAAAGGAUGCUUGUUCGUUGGAGGGUGGUGUAACCAAGGUGGUGAACAAAGAAUUUAGACGCCAGCCGACUGUUUAUUAUGAAACUUUAGACACCUCAAAGAUUGAUUUGAAUUAUCAUGAUGGACAAGACAGUAAUACUACAUGUUUGGAAUCUGGUGGUGGUGGAGUCUUAAUGCAGACAGACACUUCUCCUGAUCCAGAAUCAAGUACUGAGGUUGCUUCUAAAGUUGAAAAUUUACAUUUUACUGGAAUUUUAGGUGAUAACGCCUGUAGGGAUGGGAAGCUUCAUGAAAGUGAAGAAUCUCUACAAAACAAUACAGUCCCCAUAGCAACCUCCUCUGGGCCUGUUAAUGUUGAUCAUGUAAAUGGUACAGCUAAACAAGUUGACUCAUUUAGUACACUCACUAUUUCUAGUUCUAUUGACCCGAUAUCUCCCAUUCGAGGUGAGAAAAGUGAUGAGAAAGAAUAUGAAGUGAAGGAGCUCCAACAAGUAGUUUUACCUUCCUGCAAUUUGAAAGAGGUUGGUAAUGAAUUUGUCAGAGAUGAGGAGGUAAACAAGUCAUCGUCAGUAGGUUUAGACGAAGAACAGUUUCCGUUUAGUGAUCUAGACGACUCUAGAAAUGGACAGAGUAGAUGUAUGGAGGUGAUUCCUACUAUUCACAUGGAUAAAGAACAUGAUUCCUCACGUCAAUCGGAAGUUAUUGGAUCAGAGAAUGGAUCUUCUCAUUCAGAAUUUGAAACUCCAGUCAAGUUCAGGCAAGAAAAGUUGCCAUUUGACAGUAAAGAGUUGAGAGAACAGGUAAGAGUAAUAUCUGCUCGAAUCAGGAUAUCUAGAAGUAACAAAUCUGAAGGACAGGAGCCAGAACAAGUGGUUCAAUCCCUACCUAAUAUGUGGUCUCACUUUCGUGAAUUGGACAAACUUAACAUUCAUCCUCGGUUGGGCCAUUCACUGGAUACAAACCCCAGAUUAUCGAAGUGGGCAUCAGUCGGUAAAAAUUUCAAAAGCAGCAUGAAGUCAGACGAGGGGAGUGCACAUAGUUCAUCAAAUUUAGGUUGUACAACCAAAGAUGUUUCAGAUUUGGAAGAACUAAAAGCUUCAGACACCAGCCUUGCAAUUGGGGAUACUUCAGUAUCAGUAACUGUUGAACCCUCAAGUGGAAGCUGGGGUAUCUGGCCCUUUAAAAGAUCCAAAAGCAUGAAUGCGCCAUCAGCUCUUGAUUGCACGAGAAGCAUUGGUUCUGAAGUAUCUUUAGAGAGCACUUGUGGCAUGGAUAGGGAAGGAGAAGUACAUGGAAAAGAAGAUUUCGACAACAAAGUAGUGGCUCAGGAAGUGCUAGAUAAAGAAGUGCCAGAUGAAGAAGUGCCUGAUAAAAAAGUUUCCAAGUCAAAGGCAAAGAAAAAGAAAAAGAAGAAAGGAAUCAGGGUACUUUCACCCACAUCUGAGCAGCUGGCAUCCUUGAAUCUAAAGGAAGGAAAGAACAUUGUAACAUUUACCUUUUCAACUCCGAUGUUGGGAAAGCAGCAGGUUGAUGCUAGAAUAUACUUGUGGAGGUGGGACACUCGUAUUGUUAUCACAGACGUGGAUGGUACAAUUACCAAAUCAGAUGUUCUAGGCCAGUUCAUGCCUUUGGUUGGGAAAGAUUGGUCACAGACUGGGGUUGCACAUCUUUUUUCAGCUAUUAAGGAAAACGGUUAUCAAUUGUUAUUUUUAAGUGCAAGAGCAAUUUCUCAAGCUGGCAUCACUAGGCAGUUCCUAUUCAAUCUUAAGCAGGAUGGUAAGGUAUUACCAGAUGGGCCUGUUGUUAUUUCUCCUGAUGGACUUUUUCCUUCCUUGUUUAGAGAAGUUAUAAGAAGAGCUCCUCAUGAAUUUAAAAUUGCUUGCUUGGAGGAUAUAAAGGCAUGCUUCCCAUCUGAUAGAAAUCCAUUUUAUGCUGGUUUCGGAAACAGAGAUACUGAUGAAUUUAGCUAUCUUAAAGUUGGAAUCCCAAAAGGAAAAAUCUUUAUUAUUAAUCCUAAGGGUGAGGUUGUUGUGAAUCGCUGUGAUAAGAAAUCAUAUACUUCCCUUCAUGCUAUUGUAAAUGGCAUGUUUCCUCCCACUCCCUCGUCCGAGCAGGAAGAUUUUAAUUCAUGGAACUUUUGGAAAUUGCCACCCCCUCCUGUCGACAUGUGAAGUUUCAGCAUAAUGUUCUUAGACUCUUCAAAUGGAAGGCAGAACGCCUACUGCUAGCCCUCCAACUCUAAGGUCAAAAAACUGUCACAAUUUGGGGGAAAAACUCAUUACACAUAUUUUGGGCUCUCUCUUGACGCGUCAAGAUUUUUCAGAGGAGCUAUUUAGAUGGACAAAUAUCUGGAAAUAUCAGAGAGAAUAACACGCUAUGAUUAGUGAUAGGAUGGAAAAAGAAGUGAAGUAAAGGGACUUCCUUAAGCAAGUAACUUUGUUUGGAUCUGAAUGAGCUAUUUGAUAGUUGCAGGAACGCUUUCCUGUCUGACAACGUAAAAUUAGGAGCUUAAUACUGAUUAGUAAGUGAGGGCCAAGAAUUUCAGUAGGUUGGCAGUUAUAUCUUCUAUUAGUCUGGUCGAUUGGACUAAUGUGUCCAGAGAACUGGUCCUUUCAUGGAAAGAGGACCGUCUUCCAUGUCAGUAAUGUCGGGCCUCAGAUAAGAAAGUGGCAUAUAAAUUUUGUUCAUUGAAUGUUUUAGGGAAAGCAGGAAGCAGGCACUCAGACUGUGUGUAAAGAUUUUUAAACGGUGUAGAUACUAGAUAGAUUAGUUGUAGCAUGUACCUAAAAUUAGCUGAGAUGUAAAUUAUAUUCUUUAUUUCUUUGAUGAACAGUCAGUAUUAAUUUGACAACUGUUGUAAUAGCCAACUUCUAGUAUUUAAGUUGUACUAUAACAUUUAAAUCUGGUUACAUGUAAGAGCAAUUUCAUUCUUUUUGGCAA